CUGCCGCUCCCUGCGUUUUUUCCGCGCUGGCUGAGAUUCAAAGACAAGUGGAGGUGGGAGGGAGCGACAAUGCAAAAAUCACCUAAAAAUUGGGACAGAGGAAGGAAGCUACAGUUACGAAGGAGAGCUGCAAAAGUUGUAGCAGAAAGAUUGGGAGUCCCGGCAGGUUCCGUAGCCCAUAGAAAAGAAGCUAGUGCCAGGACGGCAGGACUGUUUCACACUUCUCUGAUUCUGGAAGGUGCUGGACAAAAACAUGGAACUAAUUUCCCCAACAGUGAUUAUAAUCCUGGGUUGCCUUGCUCUGUUCUUACUCCUUCAGCGGAAGAAUUUGCGUAGACCCCCGUGCAUCAGGGGCCGGAUUCCUUGGAUUGGAGUUGGAUUUGAGUUUGGGAAAGCCCCUCUAGAAUUUAUAGAGAAAGCAAGAAUCAAGUAUGGACCAAUAUUUACAGUCUUUGCUAUGGGAAACCGAAUGACCUUUGUUACUGAGGAAGAAGGAAUUAAUGUGUUUCUAAAAUCCAAAAAAAUAGAUUUUGAACUAGCAGUGCAAAAUAUCGUUUAUCAUACAGGGAAAAUGGGGACUGUCAAUCUCCAUCAAUUUACGGGGCAACUGACUGAAGAAUUACAUGAACAACUGGAGAAUUUAGGCACUCAUGGGACAAUGGACCUGAACAACUUAGUAAGACAUCUCCUUUAUCCAGUCACAGUGAAUACGCUCUUUAAUAAAAGUUGGUUUCCCACAAACAAGAAGAAAAUCAAGGAGUUCCAUCAGUAUUUUCGAGCUUAUGAUGAAGAUUUUGAGUAUGGUUCCCAGUUGCCGGAGUGUCUUCUAAGAAACUGGUCAAAGUCCAAAAAAUGGUUCCUGGAACUGUUUGAGAAAAACAUUCCAGAUAUAAAAGCAUGUAAAUCUGCAAAGAUUAAUUCCAUGACAUUAUUGCAAGCUACGCUGGACGUUGUAGAGACAGAAACAAGUAAGGAAAACUCACCCAAUUAUGGGCUCUUACUGCUUUGGGCUUCUCUGUCUAAUGCCGUUCCUAUUGCAUUUUGGACACUUGCAUACGUCCUUUCUCAUCCUGAUAUCCACAAGGCCAUUAUGGAAGGCAUCUCUUCUGUGUUUGGCAAAGCAGGCAAAGAUAAGAUUAAAGUGUCUGAAGAUGACCUGGAGAAACUCCUUCUAAUUAAAUGGUGUGUUUUGGAAACCAUUCGUUUAAAAGCUCCUGGUGUCAUUACUAGAAAAGUGGUGAAGCCUGUUGAAAUUUUGAAUUACAUCAUUCCUUCUGGUGACUUGUUGAUGUUGUCUCCGUUUUGGCUGCAUAGAAAUCCAAAGUAUUUUCCUGAGCCUGAAUUGUUCAAACCUGAACGUUGGAAAAAGGCAAAUUUAGAGAAGCACUCUUUCUUGGACUGCUUCAUGGCAUUUGGAAGCGGGAAGUUCCAGUGUCCUGGAAGGUGGUUUGCUCUGUUAGAGGUUCAGAUGUGUGUUAUUUUAAUACUUUAUAAAUAUGACUGUAGUCUUCUGGACCCAUUACCCAAACAGAGUUCUUUACAUUUGGUGGGUGUCCCCCAGCCAGAAGGGCAAUGCCGAAUUGAAUAUAAACAAAGAAUAUGACAUCUGUUGGGCCUCACAAGGGCCAGGGCCUUCUGCAGGAGUGGCACCACCCCACCUGGCAGCACCUAGACCUGAGCUCUACAAAAAAACACUGCUUCACUUGUUUUGGGACUUAGUUCAAGAACACAUUCAAAUGGCGCAUGUCUUUGGUAUCUUCAACAGUAGACCAAGAAUCUAACAUCACUCUCGGUAAUAUAGAGACCGGAAUACAUGGUUUAGAGGAAAUGAUCAAAUGAUCCAAAAAAAAACCCCACAUUUUUAAAGAAGUUGGAAUCUGAUUUCAUGCAUAACUCUAUUAAAACAUUAAAUAGAUAUAAUGUCAUUUGAAUGAAAAUCUUAUCACAUUAAAUCCACUGUGAAGGUAGCAUACUUAAAUCUCUAUUUUGAAAAGACUAUAAGGCUUAGAUUUUUUAAAUUUAAUCAUUAUUUCUACAAAUUUCUAUUUUUCUUAAUAUGAUUCUCAACUAGCAGUUGGAACUCCUAGGCUCCAUUAACAUAAUUCUUUAUUGUAAACAUAUCUAAUGCUAAAAGUAAUAAAAUGAUAAUUUCUGAGAACUGUGAGGACAGAAAUGGUGUCUUAUAUUCAUUUCUAUACUCUAUUAUGCUCAGGAUUGUACCUUCUCUACAGAGUAUAUUCAGUAAAUGUAUGUUGAUUGAUGUAUUGAUUUAUAUUUUAAUUAAUGUGGAAGCACUGUUUUGACUCAAGGUGUUUGCAAUUAUAGUUUGGCAGAUAUCGUAUUUUUGCUAAUGCAUAGAAACACAAAUAUAAUGGUGUGCCAAGACAA